GAGGCCCGGCUCCUCCAGCCCCUCCCGCGGCUCCUCCUCUCCGCGCUCCGCUCCCUCUGCCCGCCGCGGGCCGGGAAGGCGCGGGCUUGGCCGCUCUCCCCUCUACGGCAAAGCCGCGAACGGACAGCCGAUGCCACUUCCUUCUCUGCCGGCGCCUUCCCUGCCCGACCCCGCUUCCCCUCCUCUCGCCGGGAGGGAGUGCGGCCCGCGGGGCGCUGCGCCAGCCGGACCCACCCGGGAACCAGGGGCUGCCCGCAGAGCCGGGAGCUGGCCCGGCCUCGGCGCCGUCCCGGACCCCCGGUCGGCCGCGCCCCGAGGGGCGAGGCCUGCGGGCCGCACUCCGGCCCCGGAUUCGGGGCUGGAAGUCCCUCCCCGAACCCAGCAGCGGGCCUGGGAGGGAGAAGGGGCUGGAGAGGGCCUGGCCUCUCCAAGGGAUGGAGGGGACAGAGGCGGCAGCGGCCAAACCCGCGGGCAGCAGCCCCCAAGGGCCCAAGACAGGGAGUGGAAGAGCCAGCCCCGUGGAGGAGACCUCAGCUGUGGAGUGGAGUGGUCUUGAGCCACAAAUGGAUAAUGGACACCCCCCAAGACCCUGGCCUUGCCCUCAGGAAAACAGAACAUCCAGCCCGAUGGCCCCCCGGCCUCCCAGAGUAUGGGGGGUACAGCUCCAAGGCCCUUCUGUGCUGGAAUCCAAGGUGAGGGCUUUGAAGGAGAAGAUGACAGCAGCCAAACAGGGAGUGAGCCCUUGCUCUGCUUCCCAUGAGCGGUCAUCCCCCAAGAAACCCAAAUGCAGACGAGGCAAGGCAGGGGGAGCCGGGACUUCAUCGGAGGGGCCUUUCCUGCCAGGUACUGUGGUGGCUUCUCAUACCCAAAACCUGCCUGAUGGGCAGCUGGACGGCGGCGUCAAUGAGGAGGAACCCGCCAGGGAUGGGGGCCCCGGGCCUCCCAGGUCGCCUGCCCCUGGGCGUGAGUACUGCAACAGGGGGAGCCCGUGGCCUCCAGAAGCCGAAUGGACGCUGCCUGACCAUGAGAGAGGUCCGCUGCUGGGGCCCAGCUCUUUGCAAGAGAGCCCCAUCCAUGGAGUUACUCCCGGACGGCCUGGGGAUCCUGGUCCUUGUAACAAAAUCAUCCACAUUCCCAGCCCGAGGACAGGAAGGUCCUCCCCUUUUCCAGAUGGUGUGGUCACAGAUGCAGAUCUGGAUAGCACAUCCCUGACCUCUGAGGAGGAAUCUGUCCCCAGGACAGCCCUGCUGGGUGAGCGCUGGAGAGCUGGAGACCUGGAGGCUCUGGGCACCGGGAGCAGUGCCUUGUCCCUGUCUGAUCGGGUGGAGAGAAACCGCCUGUUGCUGCAGGAGAUGCUCAGUGUUUCUGGGCAGAGCCCCCGCAAGGCGGGAACCCCCGCCCAGACUCCGUCCUGGGACACAGCUGCACCAGAGCGGCCAGUCGGGGAUGUGGACUGGGCCUUGGGCACCUCCUUGCAGGACUCCGGCCAGAACAGGACCGUUGGUCCCAAGCCGGAGCCUGUGCUGAGCCCCAGGCAUGAGGAAGCCACGCAUCUGCUGCAGCGUGCCCGCAUGAAGGCCAGGACCCGGCCCCUCCGUGCCAGCCAUGACAUCGUGCCCACCAUUACCCAGGGCAGCCGAGAUGGCCACAGAAGCCCAGCCCGGGACCCCAGGACGACCCUUGCCUGCAUAGACAACCUCCAGAACGGGCACACGAGCGAUUCCUCCAGCGGAGAGUCCAGCGGCGGGCAGAGGCCGAGGCGGGGCCCCUCGCCGUCGCACGUGCGUUUUGAGGAUGAGUCGGCCCGCGAAGCCGAGUUCCGCCACCUGGAGCGGCUGCAGCAGCGCCAGCGCCAAGUGCUGAGCACCGUGCUGCAGGCCGCGGACCAAGGCCCCCUGCGCUCCAAGCCCGACCUCGCCCACUACAUCAACGGGGCCCCCCGGCUCCGGGACGCGGGGCAGGGGGCAUUCCACCGGCUUGUGGGCAGCCUGGACCGCGGAGGACCCCCGGCGCCGCCGGCACGGGGCAGCGAGAGGAGGUGCCAGGCCUGCGGCAGCUGCAUCAACGACCCGCACCCCGCCCAGGGGAAGGUGUCCCCCGACCCCACGACCCUCCAGGAGCUCCAGGCUGCCCGUGGGAUGGAGAGGGUGCUGGGUGGCCUGAGCUCCCCACUCCGGCUCCUUCCUGCAGAGCCCGGGCUCCGCAUGGAAUGGAUCCGGGAAACACACAUCGGAGACAUCGUGUGCCCUGCGGAGGUAGAUUCUGCCCUGGACAGCACAGACAACUCUGACAGCUGCAGGAUGGACAGUGAGGAGGCAGGGACCGCUCAGGCUGGCGGGGCAUGUAGGCGGACCCGAGGCAGCAGCCCGCGACUGCAACUGCGGGGCUCCAGGCCUCGAGGCCACAGGUGGUCCAAGAAGGCUGAGGUGGAGCUGCCUUGGGGCCUUCAGGCCCAGCAACACCUGCCUAGGGCUGAUGGUAUGGAGGUGGAAAAUGAGGUGAAGGAGGGCAGAGGACACACGCCUGGGGAAACUCUAUUUUUGAGAGAAGAUGCUGUCCCUAAGCCUCCUGACCUGGAGUUGAAGCGGGUGCCCCUGGGACCCCAGUGGCAGCCUGGACCACGGCUGGGAAGUCACCAGGCUCACCUUUUGGAUUCCCGGACUCCAUGCAGGACAGCCUACGCCACCACCUCCCCCAUGACACCUGAAUCACCAGGGCCAGGAGGCCAGGCCCAGGUUAUAGAAAGCCACGAGUCCCUGGAAAUUGUCUUUCCUUCCUCCCUGCAACAGAGCCAUGCAGAGCCUUCUGCCCUGCACCAAGCCCGGCAGCCAACAGUUUCCUUUUGUCCUGAAGGCUGGGAGCCAACCCCUCCCCCUUCAAGGAAGGCCACCUCGCCGGUGUCUCACAGGAAGGCAGCCCUGGCUGGAUUGUGCAGGCCGGGUGACCAGGGAGAACCUGUGGGUAUCCCCCGGCCUCCUUCAAGAAGCACGAUUCUCAGGACCUGUGAGCUGCCCCCAUCACAGACCCAGCCCAGCUGCCCUCAGGUCAGGCACCCACUCCUGGCCCUGUCCACCAACAACUGCAACAACAGCGCACCUCGGGGGCUGCAGGAGCCCUACGGGGGAGCCGUCCACGAGGGUAGGGUGGAGAGGGGCCCCUGCAGCCGGGAGCCGGAGCUGCCCCUGGAGAACAGCAGAGAUGGAGGACCCCAGGGCUUUCCCGGCUCAGCAGAUGUUGCCACCAUCAACUCCACGGGCAUCACCCUCUCCCUGUCCUCAGAGGAGCCAGAGUCCAGCCAGGAAUCAGAGGGAAGCCUGCAGAGGACAGGGUCGGGAUCUGGAGGACAUGUGCUGUCAAGAGCAUCAGCAGGGGCUGACACAGGACCUGGCUCCCCCUUGGCUGCCCCUUUGGACCAGAACAAGAAACGGAGCAGCAGCAUCGCCUCCACCUUGGGGCUGAAAAAGCUCUUCUCAGCCCUUGGCCAGAGUUCCCGGCCCAAGCUGGGCAAGUCCCGCAGCUACAGUGUGGAGCAGCUGCAGCCCGCCGUGCCUGGCCUGGCGUCACACUCCAGGGCCCCGUCGUUACAAUCCCUGCACCCGGUGUCACCCUCUCACCAGCGUCGGAAAGCUGCCUCUUUUCAGAACCUCCAUUCUCUGCUGAGCGGCAAGGGGGAGCAGUCCCGCCUCUACCUGGUAGCGGGGCCAGGGGACCACAGUGCAGCUGGCAGGCCGGCCAAGGCUUCACCACGGCGUGCCCUCAGCGUGGAGGACGUGGGUGCUCCCAGCCUGGCUCGCACCGUGGGCCGCCUGGUGGAGGUGUUCCCGGACGGCACGAGCCAGCUGCAGCUGCAGCGCUCCCCAGGAGGCACUUUCGGCUUCUGCGUGGCCUCUGGGAAUGGGCGCCCAGACUCAGUUCACCUCGCUUGGAGGUCCUCAAGCACCGGAGUACCCGCUCCCCGGCCUGCAGGCACAGCCUACGGGGCGGAGUGGUGCCCUCCAGCAGCUCCCGCGGCCCAGCUUGGCCUGCCCACCACUGACCUUCACCAGGACGCAGGCGCCCUCAUUUCGGUGUUCCUUCUGGGAAGUGGCGCUGGAGAAGAGCAGGCAGAUGCCUUUCCAGGGCAGUGUUUCCAAACUGCAGGUACAAUUCACUCAUGGGUUAUAAAAGCAAUUUUGUGGGUUGAGACAAGCAUUGAAAAAAAAAAAAAAAGGACAGGAUAGAAAAUAAAAAUUAGAGUGCUUUAUACAAGCCGAGGGUAGCUUAGGUUUUGAGAAAUGCUGCUUCUGUGGAUAUGUACCGAGUUGUAAUUUAAGGUGGGUUAUGGUUCUGUUCUGCAGGGAGACAGAAGAAACCUCAGGGCCAUGGCCUGGCCCCUGGGGUAGUGGGGAAGAGGCCUCCACCCUAGAUAGGUGUCCUGGGCAGCCGUUUGUUUUCACCUUUUCUGGAGGUGCCAAGAAGAGGCCUAUGACCCAGGAGAGGAAGGCAGUGACGCAACUGUGGACUUCUUAGUCCUCCAAACUGCCUCUGGGCACAGGAUUCUCGUGUGGGUAUUACUGGCAGGAGCUUUGUUUGUUGGCUCCUGGAUCUCACCAGCCCCAACUUCACCCAUCCAUGCACCCACCUACUCUCUCAUGCUUAUGCAUGUGUCUUGCUUGGAAUGCCCUUUCCCUGUUCACCCACAGACCCCGUGGCAGCCUUCAAAAAUAUUAGAGGUGUCUGUCUCUGGAAGCUUUCCCAAUACUGCAUGCUGACUUCGGCUCCUCCCCUUAGAUCCCAUAGGAUCUUGUACCAAGGGCUCUUUACAGUGACUCUUUAGGCAGAAUUGCUUGUUUAUCCUCCACCAAACUUACCUGGCAACAAGUGGACUUCCCUACUCCAUCUGCCCAACCCAUUUCCCACCCCAAGUCCCCAGGCUAGUUCUGGAGCGACUCAAAACGCCCUGCUGCUACCUGCAUGAACAGGCCUUCCCUUUCUCCCUCCCUCCCCCACAUAUCCACAGAGAAGUUUCCCUCUUUCCUACAGAGCCAGAGCACCUGCUUAGAAAUGGCAAGAGCCUUCCUUGGCAAGAAGCUCUGCCCAGCGCUCUCUGGCUGUGGGUUGGCCAGGUCGGAGUGCUGGACCCCAAGGAAGGGGGCUGCGGGGACUGGCGCUGAUAACUGCCCAUGGAGCCAGGGCUUAACAGCUGCCCUGCCAGUGCUGGAGGGUAUCCGGAGCUCUCCUGUGGCUGCCAGGCUGCCUGCCGGGCCUGCCUUUGUCUUGUCCUUCUGCAGUCUGGGCUCAGGCCCCUACUCACAGCGUGGAGCUGCCCUUAGGGUUCUGGCCCAGUGCCAGGCACGGGGGAGAGGCCCGCCCUGCCCUUAGGAUACCCACAUCCCCAGGAUGGAUACAGCUUCAGUUACGAAAAAAUGCCAGCGUGCAGGGCUACAAUGGAAGCCCCAAGGCAGGAGACCCCACUCUAACUGAGGAGCAGAAAGGCUCCCAGGAGAGCCCACUCUAGGACCUCAUGGCCCCCCAAGACCCCAAGCUCACCAGCCUCCAUCCAGCUCUGGUGUUAACUCAGGAACAAGAGGUGCUGGCAUCCACGGGAGCAGCAUUCAGAGGCCACAAUUUGCUUUCUCAUCCUGAGCCCCCCAGACUAAGUCUCCAGGAUUUUCUGGGUUUAUACAAUAAGGGGUUUGGCUCAUUUAUUUUUUGCUUAUUUCCAGCCAAAUACACAAAAGCUCCAAAACAUUUAUCAGCAAGGCAGACCUGUGUGAAACCCUGAGCCAGUAGAUCUCUUGAACCCUACAAUGGACUUGAAAUGUGGUCAAGUCCAAGGCAACUGGUAUCCAUGCUUUAUCCCAGGUACUUCUGGUUCAGUGCUUUAAUCCACCACUAACUGGCACAGCUGUUGUGUCCCCUCUCCCCCCUCCUCAGCCUUAUGCUACCACUUCUCAGGUUAGAGGGAUGGCUUAGUGAGACAUCUGCUUGCCACCACUGAAGUCAGGCCAGUGUCUUUUCUCUUCAUGGAGGCCUCGUAUGGUCCAGGCCAACCUGGACUCCGAUUCUGUCUCUACCAUUUACUAGUUGUAGCCUUACACAAAUUUCUUUAUUGCUCCAUGCCCCAGUUUUCAGGUGUAAAGUUGGUCUCAACAGUAUUUCUCUUGUCGGGUUGAGAACUGAAUGAAAAUGUUUUGCUCCUCACCACAUCCCUACAGCCUUGGUCAAAGACCUACCCCACACAUCAGAUUUGCAUCAAAUACUGGCCAGAACUAUUGGUGACUGUUUAGAUAAAACUUUUAGGAAGUUUAGAGUUAUUGACCUCUUCGAAGGCCAGCCAAUCUUACUGUGCCCAGAGAAAGCAUCUGAUGAUAUGUGAGCAAGUGGGCUGGGAAGGGAGGUGGGGAGAAAACACCAUUCAAAGAGGUUGGAAUCGGAAGCACAUGCCCACACUGGCUUCUGGAGCCCACUGCCCCCUCUCUGAGGUGCAUCUGUGGUGAUGCUUGCUCAGGCUCAGCCUGCCCCUGCACAGUCACUGCUAAUGCUCCACGUAGCAGCACCUGGGCAGGUGGGCAUACAGCUGACACCUGGAGGCACCAAGGAUCAUUUACUGAUUUGAAAUGUGUCCUCUAGGACAGUGACCUAUUACGGUGGCAUGACAGGCCCUCCCUUCCUGUGAGUUUCAUUUUUGCCUCAGGUCUUGCCUUUUAACAUUUUGGGACCUUUGGAAUGAUGGCAAAUCACUGUUUUGCUGCACAGCAAAGCCAUGAGUAGAAUCGUGUCACUGUCCACCUGUGGAACUGGACCCCUCAGGCUUGCAGAUGCAAACUAUCUCCCUCUGCCAAAGAGACAGUCCAUGUUUCUCCCUCGGGUCGGGGAGAUGAUUUGCUUUUAUUAGAGGAUACGUAUAACCUUAACUCUCUAAGCACUCGUUUCUCUGGCGAGGCUGGUCAGUAUGUUUAUUUGCCAUCACCUUUUCUUCCUAGCUACUAUGUCUGGGAGAAAUCAAGCUAAGGACUUAGCAAGCUCUGAUACGGCACCUUCUGUGCUAGGCACUAGGGUCACAGUAAGCAGCUCUGCCUCUCACCACCUGUGUGACCUUUGGAAAAUGACUUUUCUGUGUCCCAAUUUCCUUACCUGCAGAUUUAACAGAUGAGGAAACUUCUCAUUUUUAGAAUUCUGUGUGUUAGUACACAGUACUUAGAACAGUGCCUGGCACAUAGAAAUUAGUAUCAGUGAGGAUGAUGAUGGCAAAUGGAAUGAUCAAGAUCUCUCUGCCCUUAAGGACCUUAUGUAGCCUCAUCACCUCAUCACCUCAUCCCCACAGAAUUUAGGGCAGGCUCUUUCAACUACCAAUUUGCUUGGGCAAUAUUGUUGUUUGCCAGCACUUCAGUGAGGGUGGGAAUGAAGGACUCAUUCCUUUCUGUUCUGGUCUGUUCUCCCAAGUUCACUGUCUCAUUGAAACUCUGUGCUGUGUAAUAUUUUGCAUACACAGUAUGGUUAUGUAUUAGUCCAUUUUUAUGCUGCUGAAAAAGAUAUACCUGAGACUGGGAAGAAAAGGAGCUUUAAUUUGACUUACAGCUCCACAUGGAUGGGGAGGAUCAUGGCAGAGUGCGAAAGGCACUUCUUACAUGGCAGCAGCGAGAGAGAAAUGAGGAGGAAGCAACAGUGGAAGCCCCUGAUAAACCC